GUCUUUGGAACACAGUAAUAUCAUUCAUUUUUUUCAUGUUAUUGACAUGUGGUCAAAGACUUAUAUAGUCAUGGAGUAUGUAGCAGGAAAAGAUCUGCAGAUGUUCCUCUGUGAGGUUGGAUAUCUAAAGGAACAGGAUGCUAAACCCAUCUUCCAACAGGUUGUAUCAGCGGUGCACUUUCUCCACCAAAGACGCAUUGCGCAUCGUGAUAUUAAAUUGGAGAAUGUCCUUAUUGACAGAAAUGGCAACGUCAAGCUUUGUGAUUUUGGUAUGGCAAUUGAGCUCGCAGAGGGGCAGAUGUUGAUGCAAGUCUGUGGUUCGUUGCUCUAUAUGGCUCCAGAGAUCUUGGCAAUGGAACCUUAUGAUGGGCUGGCUGUUGACAUGUGGAGCUUGGGAGUCCUCCUAUAUGUACUGGUCACAGGGCAAUUUCCAUACACAGAAGACACAAUACAUGGUAUGCAUAGGCUCAUUACCAACACAAAGUGUCCCAUCCCCUACCACUUGUCAAAACCCUGUUACAUCAUCAUUGCACAAUUACUCAAGGUCCCCACCCAAGAGAGGAUAACAAUAUGUCAACUUCUGCAAAGACCGUGGCUGGGCCACAUUAAAAAACAUACAGCACCUACAACUAAAGAAAUCCUUCCAAGGCUUGUAGAGACUAUGUACACCAUGGGUUAUAACUUGGAAGAGAUUUUGUCAUCCAUAAAAUACAGGCAACCAAAUAAAGUAACAGCAACUUUUAAUAUUCUAAAACACAAAUUGAGCUGUGAGGACAGUUAUCAGCAAACUGGGCAUCCCUGUUUAAAAGCAGCCAUGUAGGUGCACAUCACCCUUUCUUCCAUUUGUAAAGGAGAACCAGUGAUCCA